GACCCGUGGUCAGCGUCCCGAGGCCACUCGGCAGGUCCGUGACCGUUUCGAUUUCUGUUCCCGAGUCUUGUUUUGUUCGCCGUAAAGACGACUGGAGGGACGAGCCGAGCGUCCUGCGAAGCAAGGCCUGCUCUUUGCGGAGCAGAAAAGCCUUGUGAGACGAGAAAUAAAUUCCCGCGGAAAGGAUGGACGUCGUGUUAAGUUUUUCCCAAGACGCCAGCUGUUCGCCUGGGGUCUCGCACUAAGCUGUCAAGCCCAGGUCACCCCUAGAGCUUGCUGUGCGCCCAGAGUGGGCUGGGACGCUUCUGUCUCCAGUAGGGCUUUUUUACUUGGUGGGAGCUCUUCCUCGUGGGUCACUCAAAGCCGUUAAUGACCACAGUGGUGUCUGAUUCUGGGACCAGCUCUUGGAUUUCUAAGGAUCAGAAUUUGCUGAGCAUCCUCAUUGUUACCACUUUGGUUUCAGUUGUUAUUCAAGCUCAUUUGUCUGUUUCCUGUCUUCUGCCCUUGUCCUGUACCAUCUGUUGCUGAUACAGCAGGACUCCAGUAAUAGAUCCUUGGAUGCCUACUGAAAGUUGAAACCUAAGAUCAUCGUCCUAUCGUAGCAGAGCCCCAACCUAUCCUUGGCCUGGGGAGGAGCCAGCCCAUAUGCUGUGGAGAUGAACGGGGAGCAGCAGCUGGAUGCAGAUCCUGUGCCUGGUGUAGAAGUAGAAGAAUUCAGCUGGGAGGAUUAUCUAGACGAGACAGGCUCCACCACAGUUCCCUAUGCAUCGUUUAAACAUGUGGACAUACGUUUGCAAAAUGGCUUUGCUCCUGGGAUGAAGCUUGAGGUAGCUGUGAAAAAAGAUCCCGAAACUUACUGGGUUGCCACCAUCAUUACUGCCUGUGAGCAGUUACUCCUACUCCGUUAUGAAGGCUAUGGUGAAGACCGGAAAGCAGACUUCUGGUGUGAUAUCAGGAAAGCUGGCCUCUAUCCCCUUGGGUGGUGUGAGCAGAAUAAGAAGACCCUUGAAGUUCCAGAAGGCAUCCGACAUAAGGUGUCUGACUGGGGUGCCUUUCUACAGCAGACCCUGAGAGGAGCCUGUGGUCCUCCCGUGUCUUUGCUAGAGGGCCUCCGUAAUGGAAGGAAUCCUUUAGAUCUCAUUGCUCCUGGGUCCAGACUAGAAUGCCAAGCUUUUCGAGACUCCUUAAGCACUUGGAUUGUUACUGUCGUGGAGAACAUCGGGGGACGGCUGAGGCUGCGCUAUGAAGGACUUGGAAGUUCUGACAAGUUUGAACACUGGUUGUACUACUUAGAUCCGUUUCUUCAUCACAUUGGUUGGGCUGCUCAGCAAGGAUAUGAACUUCAGCCCCCGUCAGAAAUCAGGCAUCUGAAAAAUGAAGCUGAUUGGCAAGAGAUUCUGGCCAAAGUAAAAGAGGAGGAGGAAGAGCCAUUACCUUCUUAUUUAUUUAAGGAUAAACAAGUUAUUGGAACCCAUGAAUUUUCUGUAAAUAUGAAAUUGGAAGCUGUGGACCCAUGGUCUCCUUUUGGGAUUUCUCCUGCUACAAUUGCUAAGGUUUUUGAUGAUAAGUACUUUCUGGUGGAAAUGGAUGAUCUUCGAUCAGAAGACCAUACAAGGCGGUCAUUUGUGUGCCAUGCUAACAGUCCUGGUAUCUUUCCUGUGCAGUGGAGUCUAAAGAAUGGUUUACACAUCAACCCUCCUCCAGGCUUCCGGAGCCAGGACUUUGACUGGGCUGACUACCUCAAACAGUGUGGUGCUGAAGCUGCCCCCCAGAAGUGCUUCCCUCCGUCAAUUUCUGAUCACCAGUUUAAGAAGAACAUGAAACUGGAGGCCGUGAACCCUCUCCUCCCUGAAGAAGUGUGCAUUGCCACCAUCACUGCAGUGAGAGGCUCCUACCUGUGGCUCCAGCUGGACGGUUCGAAGAAACCUAUACCUGAAUUCAUUGUAAGUGUGGAGUCGAUGGAUAUAUUUCCUUUGGGCUGGUGUGAAACCAAUGGCCAUCCUCUCAGUACUCCUCGCCGGGCACGAGUGCAUAAACAGCGGAAAAUUGCAGUGGUUCAACCAGAAAAACAAAUACUCUCUUCAAGAACUGUCCAUGAGGGCCUGAAGAAUCAGCUGAACUCCACACACUCAGUGAUGAUCAAUGGCAAAUAUUGUUGUCCAAAGAUAUACUUCAACCACCGCUGCUUCUCAGGGCCGUAUCUUAACAAAGGAAGAAUUGCUGAGCUGCCGCAGUGUGUAGGACCUGGGAACUGUGUACUGGUACUUAGAGAGGUCCUCACUUUACUUAUCAAUGCAGCCUACAAACCCAGUCGUGUCCUUCGUGAGCUCCAGCUGGACAAAGAUUCUGUGUGGCAUGGAUGUGGGGAAGUCCUAAAAGCCAAAUAUAAAGGGAAGAGUUAUCGAGCUACUGUUGAGAUAGUGAAGACAGCAGAUCGAGUGCCUGAGUUCUGCCGACAAACAUGUAUCAAAUUGGAAUGUUGUCCUAACCUUUUUGGUCCACGGAUGGUUCUGGAUACAUGUUCUGAAAACUGCUCCGUUCUUACAAAGACUAAAUACACACACUAUUAUGGAAAGAAGAAAAAUAAAAGAAUUGGGAGGCCGCCUGGUGGUCAUAGUAAUUUAGCUUGUGCCCUGAAAAAAGCCAGUAAGAAGAGAAAAAGGCGGAAAAAUAUUUUUGUUCAUAAGAAGAAACGGGCUUCUGCAUCUGUUGACAAUACCCCAGUGGGCUCACCCCAGGGAAGUGGGGGAGAAGAUGAGGAUGAUGCAGAUGAUGGAGAUGAUGAGUCCUUAAGUGAGGGCAGCACAUCUGAACAACAGGACGAGUUACAGGAAGAAUCCGAAACGUCAGAAAAAAAAUCAAGCUCAUCUUCUCCCACCCAGAGUGAGAUGUCCGCUCCAUUGCCCCCAGACACACAGACGAGUAAAAAGGAACCCAACGCUCUUUUAUUCUCAGAUGAUGAAAAUAAGCCUCCUUCACCAAAGGAAAUAAGGAUUGAAGUUGAUGAAAGGCUUCACCUGGACAGUAACCCACUGAAGUGGAGUGUGGCAGAUGUUGUGCGGUUCAUCAGAUCCACUGACUGUGCGCCACUGGCAAGAAUAUUCCUGGACCAGGAAAUCGAUGGGCAGGCCCUUUUGCUCCUUACCCUUCCCACCGUUCAAGAGUGCAUGGACUUGAAGUUGGGCCCUGCCAUCAAGCUUUGCCAUCACAUAGAGAGGAUCAAGUUUGCUUUUUAUGAGCAGUUUGCUAACUGAGGACAAGCAGGGGGAGCCGGGUCUUUAAAGCACAGUUCAGUAAACCGUUUGCCCUGCUCUCCAGGUGGCUGCAGUCGUCCUGGGGCUGUGGGCCCUGCAAAUGUUAGCUAGCUUUCUUUGCACUUUCAGGGAAGGAGGACAUGCACUGAGGAAGCGCAAGCAGCACAAAAAUGGCUCUCCUGCAGUGGAAAUACGACUUCUGCUCAGAAGAUUGCAGUUUCCAAAAGUUGUGAGAAAACAACCUUAAAACUGUGGAUUCCCAUGAAUGGAAAAACAGAGUGAUCUGGACAGCACCUGUUUGGUUCUCUCCAUUCUGUCCCUUCCCACUGUAGACUGAACUUGGUUCUUGAAGAGAGAGGACACAGCUUUAAGUCAGCACUGACUUGGGACUGUGCCUAAGGCACAUCAGUGCUUCAUUGUCAUUGUGUUUUUAAGCUUUUUUUUUUUUUAAAUUAAAGCAGUUCAUUUUGGGGAUAAUUAUAUGGCUCUAGGGUUUUGAAUGUAUAGUUACACGUUGAUCCAUUUUAAAAUCUAUUCAUAGGAGUUUCUUUUUUACUACCUCUGUUGAUGACUGCGCUUACAGCCAUGAGUGACAUUUUUUGUAUGAUGCCAUUUUUAAGCUGAAUGCUGAAACUAUGACAGAAGUUAGAGAAGGCCCUGUCUGCUUUCUUAACGACAUCACGUGGCACUUACUCUAGUCCCUUAACCAGUUUCUCCUCAGAAUUCUACUGUUGCGUCCUUCAUCUUUACCCAGUUUUGGCCACCAUUGUUAAGCGGCCUCACAAAGACUAAUGUCUGGUGUUUCAGUUUUGAAAGAUACUUAAGUGGCUUUUAUUUAUGUUUAUUUUUCUCUAGAGUUUUUUGACUACCUCUGUUUCAUCUCUGGAGUCUCUGCUCUCAGUGACAAUCAGUGGUGUCCUUUGGCUCCACUGUAAAGCCCAUUUUCCCGGUCUUCUAGGUGUGUCCAGGAAGAAGCACAGGAGAGAAACUCUGGCUUUGGGGGCUUAGUAGCGUCCUUGGUUAUGAGUAUUGAGGAGUCUGUGACAACGCCACCCCAAAUGUCCCAGAUCUUGCUUCAUCUGGAAAGCCAAUCAGAGCUGGUUGGUACUUGGAUGGGAAAGGUAGUGGAGGAGUCUGGACCUCUGAAGCCAUGCUUAUACCUGUCUCCAGUCACACCAGUUUAAAUUGAAUGUAAUUUACAUUCUGAGAAAUCCCAUUCAGUAGCUCAGUGUUUGAAUUUUUUUUUUUCAAUUAAACUCAAGUUGACAUGAAAUUCCAGGUGAAUUUUCACUUUUAAUGACAUUGUUAGCUAUUAUAGAAAAUAGCACUUGCUAUGUUGUAGCCAUGAGUAAGGAAAGACAUACUGCACACGUUGCCUCCUUUAAAUGUUUUCCUUGUUGAUUAUUUAUUUAUUUAUUUAUUUAUUUAUUUAUUUUUUGGUUACCUUGAUCUCUACAGAUUUAUACCCUAAGCAUUUUUUUCCUCAAGAAUUGAAAAUGUUUUAAAAUUGCAAACCGAGUAAAUUCUGAACAACUAUACAAAUUGCAAAUAUAAGGUAAUAUUACAAAUUUAAAUUGUGAAUUUUUUUUUCUUUUCUCACCUCAACCCCCACUUGUUUUUAUGAACACUGGGAAAGUCUGUAGACUGGAUCCUGUUCUUCAUUGGAUAACUCUUGACCUGACAGCCAAGUCUUAAAACAGUGACUAUUCACAUCGUCACCAUCAGGCAUAUCUGGAAGAAGCUUCAUCUAAGUAACAGCUCACUGUCUGAGCUCACUUAGAAAUCCAGCUUUUAAAAAAUAACUGGAGUUCUCAUGCCGCUGGAGAGAAACGUACUUGAUAGUAGUAAUAAAUAGCUGGUAUUGGCAGGCUGAUUUGGGGUGGCUGUCUUCAUAGAAUUUCCCGAGACCUCAGCAGUUAAGUCAAUACAAGAGGGGGGUCUCCUGAGAACCUAAACAUAUACCUGUAGUAAAAGGAGGGGUGACAGCAAUCACUGUGCCAUUAUGUCGUUCUAUCAGAGAUGACUGGCCCUAAGUAGUCCCGAGUGGGGGAGGGGUGGGGCACAAUGGUCUUGUCUGACUGUACCAUCAUUAGUUUCUGCUUUAUCCUGUAGAAAGGCCAGUCAUAAAUUAGGCGAGUGAGGAGAGCACACUUACUGGGAUACGGCAUGCUCUUGUCUGCCCCAUCCCUCCUCCCAGGUGUCACACAUAAGAGGAUUGUAUGAGAAUUCCGCAAAAAAACUUUUUUAAAGUAUAAAAUCCUAAUCCCAGAUUGGGUAUGGUGGUGCAUACCUCUAGUCCCAGCACUUGGGAAGUGGAAAUGAGGAUCAGAAGUUUAAGAUCAUCCUCAGCUACACAGUGAGUUCUGGGCUAGCCUGGACUAUAUGGGACCCUGUUUCGUUCUGCUUUUGUUUUGUUUCCCAUUUAUCUAACAAAGAUGCUAGGGUUAGGUUGGGUAGGAGUGAUGUUCAGUUAUGAUCAUUCUGAGAUUCUUAAGGUGGUAAUACCUUGCAUUGUUGGGGAAGGGGUUUGUAUUUUGGACAUUUGUAUGUGAAGUCUGUUUCUGAGAAAGCCAACCUCAUAAAUUUAUUAGAGGUGUGUUGUCUGGAGUUUCCCUGCACUUGUUCCCACAGCUUGCCUACUGUCAAGUUUUUUGUGAUCUAUGUUUAACUUGGGUUGACAAACUUAGAAACACAUGGAAGGCCUCUUCUCCUAGACCUGAGAAGUUAGCGAACUUAAACUAGACUUUACAGCUAUGCUGGUCUUUUUAGCCAACCGUUGACUUGUUCGUGCAGAUUGGCCCCAAUGUUUUGACUAUAUUUCCUGGGUUUCUUGUGACUGCUAUUUUCCUUUGUGAGCCACCUUCAUCCUUUUAAAGUAUAGGGAUGCAUUAAUGGAGCCUUUGAAUUCUAUCUUUAGCCUUUCUAUAGCAAUGUACUUGGUUCCCUGUGUUUAUAAUAUGGAUCCAGGAAAGAUAUUAGUCAACCUCUGGAAAGGAUGAUCUUGGUACAUAUUUAUGAAUUAUGAUAGAGGCAGGCUUAGAAAACCACCGAGUUUGGCCUUCGUGUGUCUCUUUUCCUAGAAGUAAAAUGUUUUUCACUACAAGGGAAAGAGCAUCGGACCAAAGCUUCUCAAACACUUGAGUACAUUUUACUUGCCCUCUAGAGCCGAUUCAGUUACUAGCAUGAUGCCCUGAAUACAGCUUAAGGCAUGUAGGGCUUACAACACCCACCCCUCUCAAGCCAGCACUGUUUCUAAGAGACACAGAACAUCAGGGAACCUAAAUGAAAGGUAACAGCAAUGUAAAAUCAUUGUAAAACCUGUCACUGAUACUUAUUGUUACUUGGUACCUCUCAGCAAAAACUUAGAUUGAAGAGAUUCUUUUCUGGUUUCAUUGAUUAUUAGAAGUGCUGGCAGUCUUUGGACUGUGAAAACACAGUGAGUUCAAACUUGUCUUACAUACUGGGGAUAUUCCAUGUGUGUGCAGAUUCAUACAGGUCCCUAAGUAAUCUGUUUUAUCAGUAGGACGUAUGUUGUCCUUUUGAAGUGAGGAAGGCAAAUCACUAACAGAAGCUAAGUAGAAAACUUGAGCUAACAAGAUACUCCCUCUGUAAAUUUGGAUGUCUCCCGUCUUAGGACCUUUGUAUGUUGCUGUCUUGUGGCCAUGGUUUUGAUUAGAAACUGUAAGGGCAGAGCCUCCUGUACAACCAAGAAGUAAUGGUCACUUUCCCAGAAUUGGCUUUAUUCACUUUGAAUGUUUUACUUAUGAAUUUUGAUGAUUGCUUUGUAUGAGAAUAUAUGUACUUGGAGAGUUUGAAUUUAUCCGCAUAAGCUACCCAUUGACCUAAAGUUUUGUUGUAAGAAAUCUAAGACCAAAUGGAUCUGGUUCCAGGUCCAUUCAUUCACUUGGGAAUUGUUUUCCUCAGUGCUUGUCUUCAGCCACACCGGUAGCUUUGCUCUGUGAGCAGCAUUAAGUUUGAGACAUAAGGUAAUGGUUAUUAAACGCAGUGCAUGGUGAUUUUUUUCUUGCUGCUGGGUUUAAGAAGUCAAAAUUUCACAGGAACCUGAAGAAACAGGAAUGAAGUUUGUCGGGGAGGUCUAAGACUCUGUUUGUGCUUUUUCUAACUAGUCUGGCGUGGCAUUCUGGCCUACCACAGUGAAGCAUUGUGAAAGGGAGACAGGCAGCAGAGUCACCAGACAGUUGUCACUACAGCCGUAGAGUGCUCCGGGGAGGAGGGGGUGAGCUUGCUGACUUUGCUGACCGUGAAGCCGUGUCACCGUUGCUAAUGUGUGAGAGGGACUGUACUCAGGAUGUGUGGAGACUCAGGCCUAAGGGUUCCUGUAUGGCUUAUCUGCCUGUGUCUAGCUUGGCAGAAUAGGGGCGGUCACAGAAUGUUGAUCAGAUCGCACAGCAGAUCGCAAAGCAGAUUGAUUGGUAGAGACAGAAGUCUACAAAGCUUAGGCAGUCUCUAGUCCGUUUGAGGUCUCUGGAGAAAAUAGUUUGAAUGUUUCUCUGGAGAGUGCUCAUUUGCUUUUCCCUCACCUCCCUCCUCUUUUUUUAGUUGAAUUUUCUCUAAUGACAAUCAGAGGCCUGCCAGGAUUGGGACUCCAGGCUGGUUCCAGCUCUGUCCUUAGGCCUUUCCAGUACUCUCUCCUUGGAAGUAAUGCACCUUAUUUAAUGUAUUUCGCUUUAAAAAAAAAAUCAAGUUGCUUGUUUGAAACAAAAUGAGAUGCUUUUGGCUUUGUAUCCUACCUGCUUGCUGUUUUUACUCUUAAUUUAAAAUUUAUGCAUUGAAGACCAAGUACACUUAAGGAGAAAUAUGCACUAGAAUACCUAUUUCCCAUCAAGUUUGAUGGUUAUAAUUUUAAAGGAUUAAAAACAAAGCAAAACUAUUUUGAAUGAAUAUAUGUGUGCUUUUCUUUCUUUUGGCAAAUUAGUAAGUUUGUGAUAUGACCGUUUUAAGUG